GAAGGUGCUCGUCAAAGGAGAUAAACAAUAUCAAACAAAGGUUCUGGGAUGUGGUAUUUCCAUAAGAUGUAAUAAAAGGAGACUGAUAGUUUAUACUGCCACUGAGAUUUUGGGCGCAUGACUGAGAGUAGGCUCAGAACGCGUGAAUAUGCAUGUGUCAUGAACAAAAACCUCCACGUUAAGCCAACACCAGUAGAUAUAAAUACCCAACUAACGGUCGAAAUACCGUUGAUUAUAGAUCCCGCAAAAAAAAAAAGAAGCGUAACCACGUAACCUAUACAGCCACUGAGUGGUACGACCAGGG